AUGUCCCAGCCUCGUGUGCAAGUUUUUAUCCGGCGGGGCGUCGAUUUGCCUGCAAUGGACUCCGGUAAAAGCUCCGACCCGUAUGUUAAGUUCGAGUACAGGGGCACGCAUUACCGCACGGGGACGGUGAAGAAAACUGUGAAUCCGGUGUGGAACCACAAGUUCACGUUUGUCUAUGACAAACAGUUCGGACCCCACAGCGUCACCUUUGAAGUGUGGGAUGCAAAUAUUUUGCUGAAGGACAAGAAAAUGGGGUCAGUGACCGUAGAUCUUCGAACUCUGGAGGUGGAUAAAGUUGAGGACAAAUACUAUGCUCUGGAGAACGCGGCGCAGGCCAAGAUUGGCGCAGCACUUCACAUCCAACUUCAGCUGCUGCCGCCCCUCAGCGAGACGAAGCCUUUGGGUGACGGCUCGCAGAAGAUUGUUGUCUUGACUGCCGAACAGGCUAGAGCGGCGGCGCACGGUCGCAUUCUCGUCGCGCCAAGCAACCAGGGCCCAGUCGGGUCGGUGGGCUCCCCUCCUCUCCUGCACAGCUACCCCUCGCCUGUGUCCGUGCCUCCGUAUGUGCAUCCCUCCAAUGCGGUGUUUCCGGUGGCGCAUCCUGCGCCGUACUCGCAGCAGCAAGUUUUGCUCGUCACUCCGCCUCCUGCGUAUCCGACGCAGCCUGGCUGUUUCCCUCCCGGUGCCUACGGAGCGCCGCCACCGCCGGCAGGAGGCGCGCCUGGGUGGGCGUGGCCAGCGCCGAGUCAGGCACCCCCUCAGGGGUUUCACGCGGCUCCACCGUCUCCAACACCCGCCACCACGAGCGUGCCCUCUGCAGCCUCGCCGCAGUGCCCCGUGGCAGUCGCUACCGCAGAACGUGGUUCGGAUGGCAGGGGUGGAGGGGGCGGCAGUCCGAGGGGCUCUGGCGAACGGUCCGGUGACAGUGACUCAUCAUCAGAUGAGGGAGCGACGAAGAACUCGAAGAAAACCAGCUCUCGAAGAAAGGAAAAGGCAGCGGAGUCCACGCUGAUCAUGGAAAUCAAGCAGAUCAUCCCCUCAGCGACAUACGGAGAGGUAGCCAAGGCACUGAUAGCUAACAACAAUGACAAAGACCUAGCUCUAAAGGACUUGGUCGCCAGGAUGAGCGUGACUUCCCAAAAAGAACGCGCGACGCCUAGCGCGCCGACGUGA